AAUACGUAGGCGCAAUCCCAGCUCCCGGCGGAGUGUUCCUUUUUCCGCGGGUUUCCGGUAUCCGGGCAGGUCAGAAACGCCGGCUCUUCACCUCUCAGCGCGGCUUGUGCUUUGCUCCGGACGUUCGCUCCGCAGCCCUCCGGCUCCUGGGGUCGCUGAUACAGCCCGCACGCCUCCACCAGCGGCAGACCCAUGGCCGAGCGCGGGGAACUCGAUCUGACCGGCGCCAAACAGAACACAGGAGUGUGGCUUGUCAAGGUUCCUAAAUAUUUGUCACAGCAAUGGUCUAAAGCCCCUGGAAGAGGUGAAGUUGGGAAACUGCGGAUUGCCAAGAAUCAAGGAAGGACUGAGGUGUCUUUUACUUUGAAUGAGGAUCUUGCAAGUAUUCACGAUAUUGGCGGAAAACCGGCUUCAGUCAGUGCUCCUAGAGAACAUCCAUUUGUCUUGCAAAGUGUCGGAGGACAAACAUUAACAGUAUUUACUGAGAGCUCCUCAGAUAAGCUGUCUUUGGAAGGAAUAGUAGUACAAAGAGCUGAAUGCCGACCAGCCGCCAGUGAAAACUACAUGCGAUUGAAAAGAUUGCAAAUAGAAGAGUCUUCCAAACCUGUGAGGCUAUCACAACAACUUGACAAAGUUGUAACAACUAAUUACAAACCUGUUGCUAAUCAUCAAUACAAUAUUGAGUAUGAAAGGAAAAAGAAAGAAGACGGAAAGCGAGCUCGAGCUGAUAAACAACAUGUUUUAGACAUGCUGUUUUCAGCCUUUGAGAAACACCAGUACUAUAAUCUUAAGGACUUGGUGGACAUCACAAAACAACCCGUGGUGUACCUGAAGGAAAUCCUAAAAGAAAUUGGUGUUCAGAAUGUAAAAGGGAUCCACAAAAACACAUGGGAGCUGAAGCCAGAGUACAGACACUAUCAAGGAGAAGAAAAGAGUGACUGAGAUGACUCCUAGCCUGCAUGCUAGUGAAACAACUAGCAGUGAUGCUAACUAAGCAAAAGGCGCUGAUACUGGAAGGCUUGAACACCCUAUGUUAAUAGGGGUUAAGUGACAAUACUUUCAUUUCUCUCAGUAAAUUUUUUAAACCUGUAGUUCUUGUAAAGUUUCUUAACUGGUUCGUUUUGCUUUGUUUUGAGGAGAAAUAAGAAAUUUAUUUCUGGACUUAACUUGUAUUAAACCAGAUUAUUCACAAUGGGAAGAGGGGUUAGAGGAUUAAGAGGGUUUUUCUUAAAUAUUAGCUUUAAACAUGUACAAUUAGGAAAUGUUUUUUAAGUGAGGGCCCUCUAACCUUGCUGUUAUCUUUGAGGAGCUGAGGUAAUGCAGAUCCAAAGAGAAUUGUAUAGCAAAAAAAAAAAAAAAAAAAAAAAAAAAAA